AUGGUAUCUCCUAAAAUUGCCGCUGUUGUAGCGAUCCUCGCCUCCACUUCUACAGCAACAAACUUUCACGUUAACAAAGGUUGCAUCUACAUUGAUAACAACAGAGUCUGCGCGCCAAACUCCCGUUGGGUCCAACCAGGCCAAGGAGGCGAAGCCGGAUCUAGCAAAUCCGCGGUUGAAGCCAGGCUAGACACGUCCAAUCACUGCAAAGUCACCUUCAAGUGGCCUUCCUCCUACGGCGAUAUCUUCUACGGUGCUGACAACUGUCUGUACGACGGAAGUGGUCAGAACAUCGGCGGACAAUGCUGCAACAAUUGA